UCGCUCGUUCGCUCGACGUUCGGUCAGCUGCGCUCCAUCUCAUAGCAUCCUCUCUCUCUCUCCUCCGAUUCAUCUCAUUCUCCUCCUCACACCCCCUCUCACUCUGCUCCAUCCAGCUAGUCUCUAAUCAUGGCUUUCUAUGGUAUGUUUCCUCCAGAGCAAACCUUCGGCGAGGUGAAUCAGCUUGGUGGUGUCUUCGUCAAUGGCCGGCCUCUUCCCAACGCCAUCCGGCUCCGGAUCGUCGAGCUCGCUCAGUUAGGGAUUCGACCCUGUGACAUCAGUCGCCAGCUCCGAGUGUCCCAUGGUUGCGUCUCCAAGAUCCUGGCCCGGUAUAACGAGACUGGUUCCAUCCUUCCAGGAGCCAUCGGUGGUUCAAAACCUCGGGUCACUACUCCCAAUGUUGUGAAGAAGAUCCGUGAAUACAAGCAGCGGGAUCCAGGCAUCUUCGCUUGGGAGAUACGGGAUAAACUCCUAGCUGAGGGAGUCUGUGAUAAGUACAAUGUUCCUUCGGUCAGCUCCAUCAGCAGGAUUCUCAGAAACAAGAUUGGGAACAACACUCUGUCUCAUCUCCAACACCACCCCUAUGAUCCUACCAAGGACUCACAUCGGUCGUUUUAUAACACCGCUCUGUACCCCUACCCCUGUGCCCCUGCACCAGCUGGGACUACGGCAUCGAAGGUAGCAGCGGCAGCAGCAGCGGCAGCUAACUCAUGUGCGAUGAGAUCCUGGCCAUCAGCUCAUACUGUCAAUGAUAUCUUAGGAUUCAGGCAUCUAGGACCUGGAGACCAUACAGGGUUCCCGACGGGCCUGUACACAACAACAGGAGCUGAGAACACUGCUCUAGCUCACACAGCUCAUCAAAUGUCCCUCGCUGACUAUAGGCGGCAGGCUAACGGUAUCAAGAAUCACGUGACAUGUAGCGUCGGUUCGGCUGAUAUUCAUCUAGAAGGAAAGGACCAAACAGCAUCGAUGAGUAACUUCGUAGUGACCACGCCCUCCUUAACUGCCUACCCCGCCCACCCGACACCGGGCUACGUACCCACCUACGGCACCACCGCCAUGCCAAGCGGGCUGUCACACCACCAUCUCUGGUCGGCCACGCCCAACACCGCCAUGAGCUGUAGCGGAGAUGCUGUUAGUGUGUUGGAUGGUUCGAACGUGCUCCGGCCAUCACCAUUCGGCUACGGGAAAACCGCCAUGAUGCCCACUGGGUCGUCGUGUAACGGCUCCAUAGUUAAGUGCGGAGAUGAACAAGCAAUGCAAUUCAGCAAUGGAACUCCUCAGGGUCGCACAGACAUGAGAUAAGAUGACCUCAUUAUAUGAUGAUCACGUGAUAGCCGUAACGCCCCCUCAUUGGUUCAAUGGUUCAAUACCGAUCGCGCAACAGAUAUCGAUUUGUAUUUGAACUCGGGUUUAUCGGAUUGACCAAUAACCGAGGACGUGGUGCAUUUUGGAUAUUUUCACAAGCUUCAUAGCGAUUAUACGAUUGGGGGAAAUGUGGACAAGUGACAAUGGAAAUGUUCGAACAACGGUCAGGAAUAUUUUUGGAUUUAUGCAGAUAUUACAGAAGAACGGUGACACUUUUGAAGAGACUGAUCAACUCUAUCAAACUUCUUACGUUGUAUAUAGGCCUACACAAAGCGACAGGAGUUGUCUACAGUUGAUCGGAGGAGCAGCAUCCUUCAAACUUUAUCAACAUAAUUUAAUGCACGAUGGUGAUCGAAUCAGUGUGAUAGUAGUUUGUGAUAAGUGAUCUUGUUUAAAAUGAGCUAAAAGUCGAAUGAAUAUCCAGAUGAUUUAAUAAUACAAAGAACAUGGAAUUCCCUUUGCCAAAGGCUAGUGAAAGAACAAGUCGAAUAUCGUACAGAUGACGUCAUGUGCACUCCAUUUGCAUCUCAACGAAACCCUACCAAGGAAAUGUUGUUUAUGCUUCCUGUGACUGAGAUAUGAGUUAGCGUUAUGUGUAUAAUUGUUUUACAACUCACUCAGUAUCAUGUGACCUACUGCUUUGUUAGUUUGUUUUCUAAGACAGUCUUCUUUGAGUAGUGUACCAAAAAUUCAAAUGAAUUCUUCAAAUUCUGUGUUGGAAUGUUUCUUUUGUUUUCCUUUAUUCCAGAACUUAUCAAACUGUUAUCGAUGUUUAUUAUUCUGAAAUAAUGGAUCUCAAUAUUAAAAUAA